GUCAACAGUCUUCUUGGACUUCAACCUCAGCUCGGUUAACCGGCCAUAUUGGAAUUAAAGUUAUAAAGAUUUUCCAGCAAAAACUUGUGUGAAAAGUGAAAAUGAGCUCGAGACAGGUUGGAAAACACGUUGUGGAUUGGGUAAAGAUUGCAACUAAAAUCCCUCAAGCAGCUAGAGGCGAGUUUUCUGGCUUUCGCUCUCGACAUGAAGCUAUUAAAUCAAGACUUGAAACAUUUACUGAAAAGCCUGAACCAAUUGACUGGGAAUUUUACAAGCAACAUGUCGCUAAACCUGGCUUUGUCGAAGCUUUUGAAAAGGCAUUUUCUGCUGUUAAAGUACCAUAUCCUCAAGACACAAAGUCUGCAGCCAUCAAAAAAGAUGAGAUUGGAUAUGAGAAUUCCUGUAUUGAAGUGAUGAAAGAAACAAAUAAGAAUAUUGCAAAUCUGAAAGAAGAGCUCGCUCAGUUGAAAGCUUUAAAACCAUUUGAAGAAAUGACGUCAGACGAGUAUCUUGCUGAUAAACCUGACCUCAAGAAGCAACUGGAUGAAGACUUCAAGAACUUCAUUUACAAAUAAAUCAUGGUUUGUGACUUGUCAAGUAGGUUGAUGUAUAGCUUAAUGUUUGGAAAUUCCUUGGUACGCGAUGGUUAACAGCUCGCAGGCGUUCUCUUGAAAUAUUCACAUGUUUCAUGAAUUUAUUUACAUAUUUUAUAAGUACACAUAAAAAGUUUCAAA